CUUGGCUAGACUUCGACGGAUUAUCAAAACGGGAAAAAUCAAAGGAUACUGUAACUAUAUUCGAUAUGAAGCUUGUUAUAUUUGCCAUCACGCUCGCAGCGGUAUUUGCUCCAAGCAUCGCCCUGACUUGUCAUAGUUGUGGGUAUCUCAUUGGAGUAGGAGACUAUGACUGCGAUGACCCCUUCUUAGGUCAAGCUGAGAAUGUGACGUGUCCUGAUAACUAUUAUUGUAAAAAAGGCACUAUUUCUAACGGCGGCACCAUUACUGCACUUGAGCGUUCAUGCGAGCCGGAGUGUUCAACCGGUUGCAUCGAUUUCCUCGGCUCAAAGUUAUGCGGCUAUUGCUGCCGUUCCGACUUUUGCAACAGCGCCACCAACGUUCAGUUCAACUCAGUGACGUUCCUCACGACUCUUGUGACGUCCAUCGUUAUUAUGUUUCACUAAAAUGGUUGAAAAUGACCUAGUGAGGAAGUUUUUUCUGCAGUUGAGUUCAAUGGUUUCAUAUGGAGAAAUGAUUGAGAUAAGGACAAGGAAAUGCAUAGCAUACGAAAGUGAGGUAUCACAUGAUUACAUAUGCUAUACAGGGCCCCGUCUUACAAAGAGUUACGAUAAAUCCAAAUCAAUCGUAAGUUCUCCAAUCAAUCGCAAGUUUGCAGUUUCCUAUCUCUUAUGUACAUAGUUGCGAUUGAUAUCAAUAGCAAAUAAGUUGCGAUUGACAUCAACUCUUUGUAAGACAGGGCCCUGAUGAGCAGAUAGUUGUAUUAAAUUCCAAUAGGCCAUUUCCAUGAUGUAUCUAAAUUUAAUGCCAACGUCUUUUAGAACGUCUUUUGUGUCUCGAUGAGAUUAAAUUCACCUGUUAGGCCAAAUAAAAAAAAAAACAUGUUUAGCGUCCUGUUUUUUCGAAAAACAGGAAGGAGGA